GAAACCUGUACUUCCCAAUUACACAUAAUAUCCUUGUUCUCUAUUCCAACUUUACAUCGAUCUCCAGAUUUGUAUGGUUUCUCUCUCUCUCUCUCUCUCUCUCUCAGAGAGAGUUAGCGAUCAAAAAAAGUUCUUUCUCUUGUUCUCCGUCUCUCUCUAGAAAACUCUCACCAAUCCGUUGAGCAACAUGACAGCCAAAAUGGUUUUGUUUAGGUACAAUCUCUCUAUGUAAAACUUGUUGGGUAGAGAGAGAAAAAAUGGCAGCCAAAUUGGGGUCAUUCAGGCGAAGUUUUGCGGAGAAGAGAGAAAGAGAGAGACUAUUGUCCUCAUGCGGAGGAGGGUAUUCAGAAUUACCUGGAUUUACACAUACAAUAGAUAUUGAAGAUGAGACUUCUGGGUAUUGUUCUUUUCGUUCAAUUCGUGAGAAAUUUGCAGAUUCAUGGAAGAACUUUCGAAGUGUUGCUUUCAAGGCUUGGGAGUUGGGUCGGUCAGACCCAAGAAAGAUUGUGUUUUCAGCGAAGAUGGGUUUGGCUUUGAUGCUGAUAUCUUUGUUGAUUUUCUUCAAGAAGCCAGUAGAAGAGCUCAGUAAAUACUCUGUUUGGGCUAUACUUACUGUUGUGGUCGUGUUUGAAUUCAGCAUAGGAGCCACUCUUAGCAAAGGUUUCAACCGUGGGUUGGGAACAUUGUCAGCUGGAGGGCUUGCUCUUGGCAUAGCCGAGUUGUCUGUAUUGGCCGGGGAAUGGGAGGAAGUUGUUAUAAUCAUCAGCAUAUUUAUCACAGGGUCUUGUAUGACGUAUGCAAAACUGUACCCAACAAUGAAGCCAUAUGAAUACGGUUUCCGAGUUUUCUUGAUAACAUAUUGUUUCAUAAUGGUAUCUGGAUAUCAGACAAGAGAAUUCGUGAAUACAGCUGUGACUAGGUUCUUGCUUAUUGCACUGGGCGCUAGUGUUUCUCUGGCAGUGAAUAUAUGCAUCUAUCCGAUCUGGGCUGGUGAGGAUCUGCACAUUUUGGUGGUGAAAAAUUUCAUGGGCAUUGCUACUUCCUUGGAAGGUUGUGUUAGUGGUUACGUGAAUUGUGUUGAAUACAAGAGGGUCCCUUCAAAAAUUCUUACUUACCAAGCUUCUGAUGAUCCAGUGUAUAGUGGCUACAGAUCUGUACUGGAAUCAACAAGCCAAGAGGAUGCUCUGGUAGGCUUUGCUAUCUGGGAGCCGCCGCAUGGUCCGUACAAAAUGUGUAAAUAUCCGUGGAGAAACUAUGUCAAAGUAAGUGGUGCUCUAAGGCAUUGUGCGUUCAUGGUUAUGGCAUUGCAUGGAUGUAUGCUCUCAGAGAUACAGGCUCCUGCUGAAAAAAGACGGGUCUUUCAAAGUGAACUUCAGAGGGUAGGAACUGCUGGUGCUAAAGUUUUACGAGAGCUUGGGAACAAAAUAAAAAGGAUGGAGAAAUUAGGCUCAGUAGACAUACUGUAUGAAGUGCAUGAGGCAGCAGAAGCAUUGCAGAAGAAGGUGGAUCGAAAGUCAUACCUGUUUGUUAAUUCUGAGAGCUGGGAAAUUGGAAAUGGGCCCAAGCAGAUGAAAGAACCCCACGUCUUUCUUAAAAUUGAUGAUAAAAGUAAAUUUCAGGAAAAUAUGUCCCUCAGUCAAGUUGCAAUUGACAUCAACUUGAUUCCUAUAUCAAAGAGUUGGGAUGAUAGGAAUUCUAAUAUGGGUUUCAAGAACAUCGGACCUGCAGGUGUUCGGUCAGAGAAUAUGUUAGAGAAACAGAUAUCAUGGCCCACACGUCCGCCUAAAGCUGAUACAGUACCUGAAGAAGAAGAUGCAGAAGAAGAAUCGAAAACCUAUGAAAGUGCUAGUGCAUUGUCUCUGGCAACCUUCACAUCACUUUUGGUUGAGUUUGUUGCAAGGCUGCAAAAUGUUGUUGAUUCUUUUGAAGAACUAAGUGAGAAAGCAAAUUUUAAGGAACCCGUUGAACCACCAGCAGAGGUCGUGGGCUUUUGGACGAGGUUGUGUAGGAAUGUGAAGUCUUGGAACCACCAUGACAACUUAUUAGGUUAAUUUAUUAGAUUAGAAAUUAUAGCUUAUAGUGCAUCAGGAUACCGAAACCUGAGAAUGGAAUUCCUCGGAUCCAAGUGGCUAGUAAAACUUUUGAAUUCUAUCUAACAGACUGAUGGGUGAGUUUGGGAACUUGCAAGUCUCAAGUACUAGGCAUUCUGUAUGAUGAGAUCGUAGAGCCCUGGAAUUUGAAUGAAAUGUCACAAGCAGUGGUCGAUUGAAUUGACUUAUGGAAGUUGUAAAAAUGUUUUAGUGUCUUAAUAAAAUUCUCAUUUUUUGUUGGUAUACUCUCAGUCUUGCUUCUUUUCCCUCUUGGAAUAACAGUUGAUAUAUUUGAAAUGUUUUUCCAGUUGUAAGUUGAAUUACAGAGAGUACUGAGGGUGUUCAGACUCACCUGAGCGCCCGAGGAAUCUGGCAGAUUUGCUGAUUCUGGUCAGAGAGCAGAGGCCCAAGCGAAUCCCCUUUUUUUUUUGUGUUUUGUUUUUUUUUUCCCUGAUCGUCAUGUAUGAAUUUUAUUAUUUCUUCAAAAUGUCAUGUAUUAUCAGCACUUAACUAUACGUUUUAAACA